AUGAAAAGCAUUAACUUCACUUGUUCAGAAACUCAAUUAUUUUAUCCCAACCCUCUCUAUGUUAAAUGUUCAGUGGUUGAAUGUCCCAAGCCACCCGACCUUCCUCAUACCACAUUAGAUGCUAACCACACCUCGUACAAAUCUGUUGCUACAUACACUUGUCACCAUGGUUAUGGAUCAUCGCGGAAACCUCCUAAAACAGAAUGGAGCAUGACUUGCAUGGAGAUUGGAUUAUGGAGCGUCAACCCUAAUGUGGUAGAAUGUAAUUUAAUUGACUGUGGAGAGCCCAACCAUGUGCAAUAUGCUACAAUGAUUGGUGUGAACUUCACUUACAACAGCAUCAUACAAUACGAGUGUGUGGAGGGGAAAUGGUUCAGUCGUGGUGUGUAUGAUGUUGAGUGUCCCCAUCCAUCAAGUGUAACAAACCACGCCACUUAUAUCGGGGAGGAACUCACUUACCUCAACCUUAUCACAGUUCAUUGUAACCACGGUUAUGUGAUAUCUCAUGGAGUUGCUCAUGCUACGUUGCGAUGCAUGGGAAAUGGAUCAUGGGAUUUACCUAAUGACAAAUUCACAUGCAAACCCGUUGUCUGUCCCACCCCACCCCCUGUGUGGUAUUCCAACACCAUUGGUACCAACUACUCACUUGAUGCUACUGUCAUAUAUGAUUGCAAUCACGACUACUUCAUAUCACGAUCACAGAAUAACAUCACCAUCACGUGCACGGAUGUUGCAAUAUGGCAUCCCAAUCCUAAGUUGAUUAAAUGCAUUCACAAAUCCUUAUUUCUAUGUGACAAACCCGCCAUCAUACCAAACUCUAACAUCCUUGCUACAAGUUUUGCAUAUGAGAGUAUUGUGAACAUUACUUGUCUUGAUGGAUACUGGUUCUCCCCACACAACUACUCUGUUUCAAUACAAUGUCAAUUCAGUGGUGCCUGGCUGCCUCAUCCAACUGGAAUACAAUGUUCAAAGAUUGGAUGUGGUGAACCUGAACCACAACCACAAUCAACAUAUGAAGGUGCUUCAUAUGAUUAUGGUGAUGUUGUUCAUAUGAAAUCAUCUGGUUGUCCAAACCCUGAUGAACCCCUACUCACCACAUGGGAUGGUUCAUCACUACCAGAUAUAAUAGAACUUGCUAUCAAAUGUGGGUUUGCGCAAUAUUACAAGCAUGGUGCGUAUGUUGGUUCUAAUACUGUGUAUGGAUCAUGGAUAAAAUACGUAUGUGAUGAUGGUUACUACGUAAACACCACUGAUAAGAACAGCAACGGUUGGACAACCUACAUUGAUAUUAGAUGCACAAAUAAUGCAUUGUGGAGAAAUAUAGAGAAAGUACAUGAAUGCAUACGUUAUUGGUUUCAUCGAGAUGUAACUGUGCAAGUCGUCAUUUGUGGUAACUAUGGCAACUGGUUUCCAGGAAAUGCACAAUCAUUGCAGCAAUGUGAAA